AUGACCAGCUUCCUCAAAGUUAGCGGCGCACGGAUCGUGGACGGUAACGGACAAGAGGUCAUCUUGAGGGGAGCAGGAUUGGGAGGAUGGAUGACCAUGGAGAACUUCAUAUCCGGGUACCCGGGAUGUGAGUUUCAGAUUCGCGAGGUUCUUGCAGAUGUGAUCGGCAAAGAGAAAUCGCAGUUGUUCUUUGACAAGGUGGGCAGUCGGUAUAUUUCGUUGCCGUCUAUUAUCCUUGUUAAAUCGCUUGGGCAGUUUCUUGAGAACUUCUUCGGUGAAGCGGAUGCCGCAUUCUUCAAGUCAUUAGGGCUCAAUUGCAUUCGCAUCGCGAUUAGCUAUCGGCACUUCGAAGAUGACCUGAAUCCGCGCGUGCUCAAACCGGAGGGAUUCAGACACCUUGACCGCGUCGUAGCUGCAUGUGCCAAAUAUGGCAUAUACACAAUUCUUGACAUGCACACAGCCCCUGGUGGGCAGAACGGUGGCUGGCAUUCUGACCAUGGGUCACACCUCUCAUCGUUCUGGAAGCACAGAGACUUCCAGGAUCGGCUUGUCUGGCUCUGGACGGAAAUUGCACGCCACUACAAGGACGAGAAGUGGGUCGCAGGAUACAACCCCAUGAACGAACCUGCCGAUCCAGAACACACAGGACUGACACACUUUUACGACCGAGUUUAUGCUGGGAUUUACUCCGUUGAUUCUAAUCACAUCCUGUUCCUUGACGGCAACACCUUUGCGUCGGACUUUACAGGCUUCCCUGAAGAUGCGGGCACUCGCUGGCCCAACGCCGCAUAUGCCAUCCACGAUUAUUCUUUGUAUGGUUUCCCCAAGGCGCCAGAGCCCUAUGUGCGUGCGGAGGAGCAGCGCCGGCGAAUUCACAGGAGCUAUCAGAAAAAGCGCGAGUGGAUAGACCAACGCGGACUCUGCGUCUGGAAUGGCGAGUGGGGCCCAGUCUACGCUCGGAAAGAGUACGAUGGCGAUUUGACGGACGAGAUCAAUGAGAGGCGUUACAUGGUACUCAACGACCAGCUAGAAAUGUAUCAGCAGGAUCGUCUAAGCUGGUCAAUCUGGCUCUACAAGGAUAUAGGCUUUCAGGGCAUGGUGUACGUGCCCCACGAAACACCUUACAUGAAGCUCUUCAAGGAUUUCUUGUAUAAGAAGUAUCGUCUGGCUGUAGACGCAUGGGGAGCGGACGAUCGCUUUGUGCGACAUGUCUAUCAACCAAUUGUUGACCUCAUCAAGAAAGAGGUGCCAGACGAGGCAGACCAGCGGUUAUAUCCGUAUCCCAUCUGGACGCUCGAGCGCCGCGUAGAGGUACUGGCGAGGAACAUCCUGGUCAGCGAAUUCAUGGUUCGGGAAUGGGCAGAGCACUUCCGAGGCCUGAGUGAAGCAGAUAUUUUAGGCAUUGCAGAGAGCUUCAAGUUCGAAAACUGCAUGGAAAGAGACGGUUUGAACAAGGUCCUAAGGGCCCACGCACCGAAAUAG